AUGCCUUCACACACCCAGUCGCGCUCACCUCCGCCUCGGCGGCGGCGGGCAUUGGAAGAGCGAAGCUCUGCCCACAACAAUGAAAGAUCCCCUACACGGUCUCUGCGCAUGGUCCAUGAUCAAGAUGAUCAUGACCAAGAGGAUGUCGACAUCUAUACCGCCACUCCAUUUCCAACAAAGCCCGAGCAGAUCCUGUUGCCCAUUCCCGGAAAAGGGCAACAGAAGUAUAUCGCAGACACUGGAUUCAAUUAUACAGCUGCCGCUGGACCAUCCUCCGCAGCCUGGCCUUCGCCGGCUCUUAGCCAUGGGGCUGCGAGCAGCGUUCGAGAACAGUCAGUCGGUGAGAUUUGGGAUGUUUCUUCUACAGCAGACACAGGCAUGUCGCCGCCACAGAUGUGGGAUGAAGAUCCCCUUUCCAGCAAAUCGUCUCUCCCGGAAAUACAAUCACCAAAGACCAUGGAUCAUGACUCUGACAGUUCAGAGGCGGAGUUCUCCGAUGACGACCUGAUCGUGUUACCAACAGCCACCCCGACAAUCAAAGCAGUGGUAUCUGAGCCACCAACCUCGCCCAAGUCCACGAUAGAUGAUGACGAUGAUUCAACUGAGAUUGGCUUCUCGAGUCCAAAUGUCGAGCCUAUUGGUGCACCUUCGAGCCCCAACUUCGUGACCCUCGACAACUCAAGCAUGAACUUCUUGCCUCCAAGCAUCCCUUUCAAUGACUCAGACCCUCGCUCAAAUUCCUUGUCCUCCUGGAAUUCCCGGGGAACGGCUGUGCGUCAUGCCGGUGCCGCGCCGUGGAUCUACGCCGUAGGCUCGUCCGAGCAAUUGAGUUCUCGCUCGCCAUCUUUCCAUUCCAGCCCGCCUCUCCGACCUGUUCGUUCAUUCCGCUCUGUCUCAAGGCACCAUUCCAGCAGCCGAUCACGAUCUACAACUUCAACAUCGUCACGAAGCCUACGUUCAGUGUCUGACAUUCAAGCUGCCAUUGACAGUGGUGUCCCCGUUCAAUUCCCGCGGAUCCGUGCUCCAUCCUCGAGCUCGCGGGCUGAUACAUCAGCUUCUUCCGAACGCGACUUCACACCUGGUCCAGCAUCUGGUCGCUGGAACCCACACUUGUCGAGAGUAUCUUCAGUGUGGUCUGACGAAGAUGUCGCCAACCCGAUUCCCACGGCCGAGGAGGUCGACGAAGAAGAAGUUGCCAUCGAUGAUUCAGAGCCGGCUCUUCCCCCAGUUGCAGCUCUCAAACCCAAAUCAUCCCAAUCAACAGUCUGGCUAGUCAAAAACUCCCACGAGGAAGAACGCUUGGACAGCUUGUCCAAUCUUCCAACCCGCAAUGGCUUCCCGCACAGUCUCUCGUCCGGAUCCAAGCGCAGCAACAGCAUGCGAAGCGUCAUUCGCCCAGGCACAAGCUCAAGCACGGUUUUCCACAUUCUCCCGACCUGGGCUAAGAUUUACUACCGCGCGGAUCCAAUGGGCCUCCAUCCUUCCUUGUCAAUCAAACACGCCAGCCGCCCAUCCUCUGCACGCCCCGGAACCAGCAACUCCAGUGUUUUCAACUUGAUGCCCACGCCGCUCAAUAUCCCACGACCGCGUUCCCCUGAUCGUGAACGGCCUCGCUCGCCUGAACGCGUCCGUUUCGCCCAGCGCCGUAUCGAAAGUGACCCCCGCGACCCGCGAGCUCACUGGGUCGCAAACCCCGAAGCUGAAGGUAGUGAGCUCCACGGACCACCCCGCCGACUACGACACAGCUGGUCUCCACACCUAUUCACCGAUCGUCGAACCAUUCAGAAGUCGGCUAGUGCAUGGACGGCACCAUCAAUGGACUCAACGAACGAGCCUCUCUUUGGACGAAGGAACAUCCAGGUCUAUUCCUUCUGCCUGGGAUUCAUUUUCCCCCUCGCCUGGAUCAUCGCUUCGUUCCUGCCUCUUCCAGCUAUGCCUAAGCUGGGACCCGAGAUGACAGAGUCAGACGACGAUGUCGAAAUGGCUUUGGAAACGCAGCUGUGGAACCUUCAGAGGCGGCGGUACAACAAUGCUCGGUGGUGGCGCAAUCUCAAUCGCUGGAUGAUCUCGCUCGGUGUCGUUAUCAUCGUCAUCAUUAUCACGCUGGCUGUCAUUGGCACCACAACUGGAUUCUAA